UGAGGUUGAAAUGAAGCCACAUAUAGUGAAUGAGGUGUGAGCAGGUAUUAUUGCCAUGUGUGUGCUUUCUUACAUACUCUCAACAAAAUUAGUUACUUGUUUCUGAAAGAUUCGUGAACAAAAUUUGGAAACACAACACAAAAUCUGAACUCGAUUGAAUCAUCAAAUAUUCAAAUGAGGACAAUAAUCUCGCGCUUGAUCCAUUCUACUCCAUCCUCCAUUUCCAGACUCAAUGCAUUGGCUGUGUCAAUUAAUGGGAGAGCUUUCUCCACGGAUUCUACAAAGAUUGAUGAGCCAUUCAAAGUUGAAGAAGCUGAAACUGUGCCUCCAUCUACACCUCCAACAGAGAAGUUGCUUGUGUUGGGAGGAAAUGGAUUUGUUGGAUCACAUAUUUGUAGAGAAGCCUUAAAUCGUGGUUUGUCGGUUGCAAGUCUUAGCAGGUCUGGCAAGUCAUCCCUGCACGACUCAUGGGCUACAAAUGUCAUCUGGUAUAAAGGGAAUCUGCUCUCUACCGAAUCAUUGAAAGAGGCUCUCAAUGGGGUCACUGCUGUUAUCUCAUGCGUCGGUGGUUUUGGCUCCAACUCAUACAUGUACAAAAUUAAUGGGACUGCUAAUAUCAAUGCAAUUAGAGCAGCUUCAGAUCAAGGUGUUAAAAGAUUUAUCUAUAUCUCUGCUGCCGACUUUGGUGUAGUAAAUUACUUGCUGCAGGGUUAUUAUGAAGGAAAGAGAGCAGCUGAAACAGAGCUUCUGACGAAAUUUCCUUAUGGAGGAAUAAUUUUGAGGCCAGGGUUUAUUUAUGGGACUCGAAGUGUUGGAAGUAUGAAGAUACCUCUUGGCAUAGUUGGAUCUCCAUUGGAGAUGGUUUUCCAACAUACUAGAGCAUUGACCCAGAUCCCACUUGUUGGACCUCUAUUGACACCUCCUGUCAAUGUUACUUCGGUGGCUAAAGUUGCUGUAAGAGCUGCUACUGAUCCUGUUUUCCCUCCUGGGAUCAUAGAUGUCUAUGGAAUACAACGUUACAGUCAGAGUAAAUCAAAGUAGAAUUAGCUUUAUUUGGUUUCCCUGGGUAAAUCUUAUUGGAGACAAUUUAUCUAUGGAAUACCCGUUUUACUAUAGUUAAACUGAGAAUAUUUCUCCAUGCCAUUUCUCCGAGAGAAUAAUAUCUGAAAGUGUGUGUAUGUAACCAAAGAUCGUUCUUUCCCAUUUCCUCAACAUUAAUGUCGGAAUAUUUUUUUUAAUGGAUUCUAUCACCUGAUGUACUUAACCUCAUAGUUGGACUCGGCGAAUAUAAUUGAUAUCUUUCAACUA